GGUAUAUCUAAAAAUCUUUUGCUGGAAUGAUAUCAUUCAGCAUCGAAGACGAUAUGCGAAAAAUAAAAGUAAUGAAGAUUAUUAUUUAUUGGUUUCUUGUGAAUAUGAUCCUAUCGGUCGUAGCUGCACAGGAACGGAUGUUCAACGGUUCAACCAUUGAUCGAUUAUGUCCAGAUGAUCUCCCUGCUGUGCAGUGUUUUGUUAAUCCAUGUGACUAUGCUAUAUGCGAGGCAUACCCUGAUGCUACUUGCGAACCAAACUACUGUGGUGGAUGUUACGCAGAAUUCUACGUGGGUUUAGUGAAAGUAUAUUGUUUAAAGCAAAUUAAACUCGGCUCAUGUCCCAAAUUACAAAUAACAACCUUGGAAAACAUUACCACCAGUGAUCGUGUCGCCGCUAGUAAAAGAAGAUGCGUUAUUGAUUGUGAUCAUGAUGGUGAUUGUGAUGGAACACAAAAAUGCUGUAACAGUAAUGAUUGUGAUAUGAAAUGUACUCCUCCAAACUUAGAUUUGGCCAUUUGGGGAUGUUUCGUAGAUGGUCAUUGGUGGCCAGUUGGGUCAUACCGUCUAUGGGACUGCGCACUGUGUGUCUGCCUUAAAACUGGGUUUGUUUGUUUGACAAAUCCUGGACUCAUCUGUGACCCACUUACGGGGCCAUGCCCAGGUAAUGAUGACAUCUAUACCAUCGGAAACAGUCCAGUCUUCUGUGAUAAUUCGCCUCAGAUACAGGGAACGAUUCACGUAGAUGCAUGUCCGAAAGGUUAUUUUUGCAAUACUAUUGACAAAGGCUACUCCGUAUGCUGCCCAGAAGGUAAAAGUUGUUUUUACAAUGGUAUGAAAAUACCUCAUGGAACUGUAUUCUUUGAUGAAUGCGCUUUAUGUGAGAAUUUAUUAUUUCAUUUUUCUUCACCACCACCAGCCAAUGUAUUGAUGGAGCGGUCUUGUGCCACGUGGAUGGCCUUCUCUGCAUUAAAAUGUGUUGGUAUCGUGGUAGAUUUUACUGGAAUGGAGCGGAUAUGCCGCCAUGGUUAUUGGUCAAUUAUGUGGUUCUCUAUUUGUGAUGUCCUAAGACCUUUGCCGUUCCUACUCAUGGAGGAGGACGAUCAGGAAGCCGUUUUCUGUGGAGACAUCCCUGAAAUAACUGGAGUUAACAUGACUAUCGUAGACCGUUGUACGGAAGAUAAAUUUUGUCACCACGUAGAUCACAAUGUCGCUGUAUGUGUACGUAAAACGUCUGUCAUAAACAUUGGUGGAUGUGUGGUUGGUGACAUGUACUACUUAAAUGGUGCCGUUGUAGUUCAUAACGACUGCGAAAUUUGCCGCUGUAGUAAUGGGCAAUGGCAGUGUGAAAAUAUCUGUGAUAAGGAGGUGUGUCUGUUUGAUCUGCCCUUCGCAAGAGAUGGAGACGGGACGAUAUUAUGCGGUGGACCACGACCACUACGGUGUCCUCGUGGAUAUACAUGUACCCAAAUAGAAGGUAGUGAGUACGCGGCGUGUUGUUUGGAUAGACCAGAUGACGGAUGUCCUUGCCCAAUCAUACCACCUGCAGCAGCUCCACAAUGCCUCCUAGACUGUACGCCAUGUGAAGUUACGUCAUCCUCUAUAUGCUGUGUGAGUGAUGGAUAUUGUCAGAUCGGAUGUACUGGAUUCGUAAACACCCUAGGAUAUUGCGAGCACGAUUGUGUUUUCUAUAACGAUCGAGAGACUCGCUAUGAUACGGAAAUGUGCGAAAUAUGUACGUGUGACCGCGGUGAAUGGAGUUGCAUCCUAGACCUUGACUGUGAUCCGUGUUGUCUCGCGCCUGAUCGAGGUCCAUGUUUGGCUAUUUCUACCAGAUGGUUUUUUGACUGCGCAGCUAAUGAAUGCAAGGAAUUUAAAUAUGGUGGUUGUGGUGGCAAUGCUAAUAAUUUCCUGACAUUGGAACAAUGCCAGAUGAAGUGUGAACCUAGUGAGUAG